AGGGCCGCCGGGGCCAGGGCCGCCGGGCGGGCAGGCCGGGGCGGCUAGCAGCGGGACGAAGCGAGGCGCGGAGCGGCGCGGCGGGCGAGGCCCGGCAGCGGGCGGCCCCGUUCCGCUCCGCCCCGCGGCGCUCCCCGCCCGGCGGCCCCGCAGCCGCCGCCGCUGCCGCCUGGGUCCGGCCCGCCUCCCCCCAGCACCCCGCGAGGAACAGCUCCUUUGCAGUUUGCAGCACCGCAUUAAAAAGGGAGAGAGAGGGAGGGAGAGGCAGAAGGGAAGCGAGAGGAGAGAAGCAAGCAGCCCGGAUCACCGGGUUACUGAAAGCAGUAAAGGAACGUCCAGGACAAACUGAAUCUUUUGCGAAAAAUAGCUCUUUCAGGGUUAGGCUUUUUUUUUUUUUCUCUCCCCCUCUUUCUUUUAGUCGAGCGCACAGGAGAAGUGCCCCCAACCCCAGCGUACACACAACCUGUCGGCCUGAGGGGCACCCGAACCAGACAAAGCAGAAUGUACCAGGGACACAUGCAGGCAGUAGGUGAAACCUUGAAGAAAAAGUGGCUCUGUCUUCAAAAAAGUGACCUGACCUUUGCUUUGGGGAAAGGCUCUAGGGCGGCAGAUAAGGCUGUUGCCAUGGUGAUGAAGGAGAUUCCGAGGGAGGAGUCUGCAGAAGAAAAGCCCCUCCUUACUAUGACAUCACAGGGGUGCAGAAGCCAAAAGGAAGCAGAAUCAAGUGAAAAACUGGUGAACGAGCAACAAGAAAGCAGACCCCUUCUGAGCCCCUCCAUUGAUGACUUUCUCUGUGAAACUAAACCAGAAGCUGUUGCAAGGCCUGUAACAUCAAACACUGCAGUAUUAUCAACAGGUCUGGAUCUCUUGGAUCUUAGUGAACCUGUCUUACAAACCCAAAACAAAGCAAAGAAAUCAGAGAAUCCAUCAAGAAGUGAAGGCUUAAAAGCUUCAACCCACAGAAAGAAGACAGACAAUUCUGACCUUAUCAGUGUGGAUACUGAGCAGAAAGUCCAGACUGUCAGAGUUUCAGACAAGUCUUCACUAGAUUUAGUUGAUAUUCAGACACAGCUAGAGAAAUGGGAUGAUGUCAAUUUUCAUGGGGACAGGAGUAGCAAGGUCCACCCUUCUACAGAGCGACCAUCAUCAUCAUCCAGAGCUCCAUCAAAAGAGCUUUUAUGGUCUACAGAAAACAGAUCACAGUCUGAGCUGACUAACGUCAAGAGUGCCUUGGACUCUGAUUCAACAUCAGAAUUAGAACUUGCACCUGCAACACAGGCACGAUCAACUAAGGAGCAGCGUUGGGGAGGGCCUCUUCUCUCCAGAAAUCACUCCUUGGAGGAGGAAUUUGAAAGAGCGAAGGCAGCUGUUGAGUCAGACACAGAGUUUUGGGAUAAAAUGCAAGCAGAAUGGGAAGAAAUGGCUCGCAGAAACUGGAUUUCAGAGAACCAGGAAGCACCAGGGCAAGUCACCAUCUCAACCAUUGAGAAGGGUUAUUAUUUCCAUACUGAGAAUCCCUUCAAAGACUGGCCUGGUGCUUUUGAGGAAGGACUGAAAAAAAUGAAAGAGGGUGACCUGCCAGUUACAAUCUUAUACCUGGAAGCUGCUAUUCUACAAGAACCCAAUGAUGCAGAGGCCUGGCAGUUCCUGGGUAUAACACAGGCAGAGAAUGAAAAUGAGCAAGCAGCCAUUGUCGCCCUCCAAAGGUGCUUGGAACUACAGCCAAACAACCUAAAAGCACUGAUGGCCCUGGCUGUAAGUUAUACUAACACUGGCCAUCAACAAGAAGCCUAUCAAGCUCUAAGAAACUGGAUAAAGCAAAAUCCAAAAUACAAGUAUAUAGUAAAAAGCAAAAAAGGGUCCCCGGCACUUACCAGAAGAAUGUCCAAGACAUCAGAUGAAAGCUCAUUACUUGAAGAAGUAAAGGAUUUGUACCUGGAGGCCGCUCACCAGAAUGGUGAUAUGAUAGACCCUGACUUGCAGACGGGACUUGGAGUUCUUUUCCAUCUGAAUGGAGAAUUUAACAGAGCAAUAGAUGCAUUUAGUGCUGCUUUAACUGUUCGGCCAGAGGACUAUACAUUAUGGAACCGUCUUGGAGCAACCUUAGCAAAUGGGGAUCGAAGCGAAGAAGCUGUCGAGGCCUACACACGUGCUUUAGAAAUACAACCUGGCUUCAUUAGGUCCAGAUACAAUUUAGGAAUAAGCUGCAUAAACUUAGGGGCAUACAGAGAGGCUGUCAGCAAUUUUCUCACUGCUCUCAGUUUGCAAAGAAAGAGCAGGAAUCAACAACAGGUUCCCCAUCCUGCUCUAUCAGGCAAUAUUUGGGCAGCACUUCGAAUUGCUCUGUCUAUGAUGGACCAGCCAGAACUAUUUCAAGCUGCCAAUGUGGGUGAUCUAGACAUUCUGUUAAGAGCUUUUAAUCUAGAGCCGUAAUAGAAAAUAUCCACAAAUUGAUUAAAUUGUAUUAGGAAACAGAGAACUCUUUUAUUACUCAUCUCAAAAUGAUCACAUUUUCCAAAAGAUCAUGGCUGUAAAUCAGUAGGGGAAUUCUCUUGGACAUUAUUCAAAAAGGAAAAGUUCAAAAGCACAAAAUAUUGUAAAUAAAUUCAAACUCAAAGGACUGAAAUGAGCUGCGGCUAAUCUGACAGCCCUGAACUAGAUGAAAUAGCCAUUUCUGAAGAAUCUUCAUCCCGUGCAAGCUAUAUCUCUCUCUAUAUACGCAGCUAUACAAAGAAAAAUAUAUUAAGAACAAACCUAGAUAAUCGUUAUUGCACAUUAGAAUGGCAAACAAUGCAUCCAAGGAACCUGCUUAGUAGCUCAUCGCACUAUGCUGACAUCACUUUGCCCUACAACGUGGAUUCCCUGUCCUUUGGUUUCUUUGUUGAAAAGUCUGCUCAAGGUCCAUUUUUAACAUAGCUCUGAAAAUAGAUGCAUGUAAAAUGGAUGUAUUUUGUUUUGAAUACAUUUAUUAGCUGGCAGUCAAGAAAAUUUUUGCUUCCAAAGGUACCUUGGUUAAUUUGGGCCCAAUUCUGCAGGCUCAUAAAGUUGUAAACCAUGUGCAAUGUUAAGAGCAACAUUGUACAUGGCAGUCUGUGGGAUUAGGCCAGGUACAUAUGGGAAGGCCAAGUGUUGCCAGCAGAAGUGGUAAUUUGCACUAGAAUUGUUGCUGUUUAAGCCAGCUCUCCCUGAUCUUGGACAGAGUAUGUCUGCUUCAAAGGAGCACAUAGCAGGAUCUGCACCUAUCUAUGUACUUACGCACUUUAAUCUUUCUUUUUGUAAAAUAGUGCUAUGCUUUUAUUUUAGUUACUAACAACAGAAUGUACAGGAUAGCCUUGUUGGCAUAGAGGACCAAAUAUCAUUUCCUGAAAUGUGAUGAGAGGGUUUUCAAUAUUCUUAUGUUUAAAAAAUGCAAAUACAGUAUAAACUGCAAUAUCUAUUAGAAAGAUUAUUCUAUUAUGCAUCCAUCAGGUACUACACACAUACAUGCAUGUGCAUGCACAUACAUGUUGUAUGUGAAUUAUGUCAUUUCAGAACAUAAUAAGCCACAGAUCUUUAUUGAAAAUAAACAAAAAUCUUCAUAGGAGUUAACGCCUGCAGACCAUGCUCAAGGGAAAAAAUUGGUCUCUAUAAGGCUUGUAGGAUUGAGACUAAGAUUUGAUCCUGCCAUUAUGGCAAGCAGUAGCAAAGGUCUCGGUGACCUCCAUGAUAGCAGACUAAAUCCUUAGAUAACAUCAGUAUUUGUAGCUGCUUCAAAAUGUAUAUAUAUACACCAUCUUAAUUUUCCCUUAUUGGAUGAAUGGGGAACAGUAUUGAGGGCAGUACACUGCCACAUGAUGAAUGGAUUGAUUUGGCUACAGUCAAACACGUUUAGCUCAAGGUGAAUGUGUCAAUCAAAGACAGGAAUGGAAAUUUUUAAGGAGAUAAUUUUCAGUUGCUGACGGUUUUAAUAAUUUUCCUAAAUAGCGAAAGAUAAAAAGUGGAAUUAGAUGGCUACUGUGUUGAUAUGUGGUCAGGAAUUCAAUGUGCAUGGUAGCUAUUGGAAUAUGUUAAAAUGGGACAAAUAGCACGUUUCCUAUAAACAGCAAUAAAAGAAAAAUCCAGCUCAGUCAUUUGGAUAAAAAAAAAAAAAAAAUCCAACUGCACAGAUCACAGAGAAAGAAGUUCUGUGGCAAUUGGACAGUUUCACCAGUACAAACCUAAAGUUUCUUGCAGCUGUCUGUUAUUUUGAGCAACCACUUAAAGGAAAAUUCCAUGUAAGAUAGUGUAAUCACUGCAUCUAAUCACCAACUACAGUUUGUUAAAUAGAAAAAAUAAAUUCUCAUUAAAAAAUAAAA